GAGCAAGCGACUAUUACCCAGCAGCAGAAGUCGAAAUUACUUACGAUCAGGCCACAGUCUCGCAUGCGCUGAUUUUUAGAGUAAAAAUGACUGGAGGGGGCGCUGAUUGAAAAGCGAAAGCGAUGUUUUCCAAUUGGAAUUAUGGACUGACGACACACUUCUACUGGAUCCGCAAUCCGGAACUCUUCUGUGAGAAGAAUCUUUCGAGGGGUCGCUUAGACUGGCUAAUAUGCAUAUCUCCCCUUGAAGAUGCACUAUAAGGGUGGAUAAUUACUUUCCCACCUGCAUGUCCAUAGUGCUGAGUCGAGGGGUGCCUGUCCUUGUGGAAUCAGCAUAAAUGCGACCUAACCUCGCAGAACCUAAUAUGUACAGUCAUCAGACAUUCUUCUACUGACAACAUCAUUUACAGCCAUAUGAUGUUCAUAAAUUUGUUUCUUCUUCUUUGGACGGCGUUUGUGAGUGCCAGCUCUUUGGCAUACCAACAAACGCCAGGCGCUCUACAACAGGUGACCGACUUUGGCUACAAUCCCACAAACAUCGGAUUCUACAUAUAUGUGCCGAAUGCCUUAGUGAGCAAUCCCGCUAUCGUGGUUGCUGUACACUACUGCACUGGAUCAGCCCAAGCAUACUAUGAUAACUCCCCUUAUAAGACUCUCGCAGAGCAGUAUGGAUUCAUCGUCAUCUACCCAGAAUCACCCUGGAGUGGCGCAUGCUGGGAUGUGAGCAGCAAAGCAACUCUGACACACAACGGCGGCGGCGAUUCAAAUGCCAUCGUCAAUAUGGUCUCGUGGACAGUGAGCAAGUACAGAGCCGACACUUCCAGAGUCUUUGUGACUGGCCUUAGCUCUGGUGCGAUGAUGACAAACGUCCUAUCAGCCACAUACCCAGACGUCUUCAAAGCCGCCACUCUCUACGCCGGCGUCCCUGCUGGCUGCUUCGUCUCAGACACAAACCAGCAAGCAGCCUGGAAUACGUCCUGUGCAGAGGGUCAAGUCGUCCACACACCCGCCGUCUGGGCCGACAUCGUAAGGGAUAUGUAUCCCGGCUACAGUGGGCCCUACCCUCGGAUCCAGAUCUACCAUGGCGGCGCAGACACGGGUCUGUAUCCGCAAAACUACUACGAGACGUGCAAGCAAUGGUCAGGGGUGUGGGGAUACGACUACUCGAAGCCGCAGAGUACGCAGGUGGAUAGCCCUGCGAGUGGCUGGACGAGGACUGUGUUUGGACCAGGCGUGCAAGGGAUAUUCAAUCCGGAGGUGAAUCACAGUAUCAGUAUCUUUGGGGAUGAGGAUAUGAAGUGGUUUGGGUUUACCGGGGUGAGUCUGUGGUGAGAGUAGUCUUUUCGCACACGAAAGCUGAGGCGAUGAUAGUCUAUGCCAUAUCCCCCUCCGAGCACAGGUGCCCCAAUUGCGAUAUGGGGGCAGUGUGGGGGCAUCAUGUGGACUGGGUCGACGAAGUGUGCUGAUGGGCUUGGGUGUGUCAAGCUGAAUGACUAUUACUCACAGUGCCAGCGAGAGCGCUUGGGCAACAACG